CAAGCUUGUCGACGUCAGACUCUUUGUUUGUCGUAGACUUUGUCAGCUUGCAAGGCAUUGAUUCUACGACUGCCGUCGGACACAGGGUCAUAUCACACAACCCAUGGCAAUCUGCAAUGCCAGGGGCAGCACGGUCUGUCCACAGCCGGACUGACUGGUCCGCAUUCGGGGCCCUAUGCGGGGAAGGUAAGCAUGCACUGCAUCGCCUCGCCACUCGUCACUAGAUUAUCAAUCCAGAUAACAUUAUGCCUGGGAGGAGGGGUUCCAGCUGGACGCGCUCACACUGGGAACCUUGAACAGAUUGCUGGUCGGCAGUGUGCCAGGUAUGUGCAUGCAUCUGGGUUUGCCUGCAGAAAAAGGGGCAAGGGCGGUGAAGCCAUACGAGAUGGAUGCCACUGGGUGUUUGCGUGUGUACAGAAGACACGGGUCUCUCCGUCGUCAGCAAGGAAAACGAAGAUCGCUGUCGGGAAUAGGACUGAAUCCAGCGAAGUGGAGUUGGUGAGCGUUUUUGUCACGUCGCGGAUGGACGUGGUGGUGGCCUCGGGUGAUGUGGCUGAAUCGAGAAAAACGUGCAGCUGGCUCGAGACAUGACACUGGCAGUAAGACCGCGCACCUUUGGGCCCGGAGGCUUGGUCCCUGCUAUGCGAGACUGGCAGAUUCCCAUCUUCAGAACUCUCAGGAUGUAUUGGUCCCUCUUCAAAGGUCGACUACACGUACCUAGCGUACUUUGGCUGGUU